AUGGACGGCUUCAACCCCAGAGCCACCACCGUCGCCGAGUACAUGGACGGCACCCCAAAGUUCCGCACCGACCUGUACGCCUCGACCUGCGGCCAGCUGCUCUCGCACAAGGAGUACAUGCGCGUCGUCGACAUGUACGGGCUCAAGUUCACCCCGGAGCUCAAGGCCCCCGAGGUGCCCAUGCCCUUCAUGGGCAAGUACUCGCAGGAGCAGUACGCCCAGCAGCUCAUCGACGAGUACCGCGCCGCCCGCAUCAGCCCCGACCGGGUCUUCCUCCAGUCCUUCUCCAUCGACGACAUCUACUUCUGGAACAGGCACGACGCCGACUACGCCCGCCAGGCCAUGUUCCUCGACUCCCGCCCGGAUACCCCCGAGGGCGCCCGCCAGGCCACGGCCACCAUGGCCCAGCUGAAGCAGUCCGGCAUCCGCACGCUCUCCCCGGCCUUCCAUGCCCUGCUCAAGCUCGAUGCUGGCAACAACAUCGUCCCCUCGGACUACGCCGUCGCUGCAAAGAAGGCCGGCAUCAAGCUCACCACUUGGUCCCUGGAGCGUUCGGGGCCCCUGAACAAGGUCAGGGCCUCCGGCGACUUCUACUACUCCUCCAUUGCCGCUGCCAUCAAGGACGACGGCGACAUCUACCGUGUCGUCGAUGUCCUGGCCCAGAAGGUCGGCGUUGCCGGCAUCUUCUCUGACUGGCCGGCCACCGUCUCCUUCUACGCCAACUGCUUCAACUUGUAG